AUGGAUAUAGGUGUCCAAAACCUAAAAGGGGAAUAUCUUUUGAAGCUACCAUCUCGGUCAAAGACUGUAUAUAAAGCUGGAACAAGAAUCAAAUAUAUCCGUAAAGCAAAUCUUUACAAUGAUGAGAUCAUUAUUCCUGGACCAGUAAACCAACAGCUCAAACUUGUGGUACGAGUUGCUCUAUCAUGAUGCUAUAUUACAGAAUAAUGACAUAUUGUAACUGUAAUUCCAAAAUAAGGAAUGCUCGCAGGAAGAAGUAGAAGUAAUCUAUAAGGUUAAUAGUAUAAAUAAUGAAGGCCCUGAAAUUGACUAUCUCGGAGAGUGUUGCCUGUGGAAAAGGGUCUGCCAUGACUUUUGCCUAAAGAUUUUGAUAAGAAGAGGAGCAGAUAAUUUAAUUUGAAUCAUGCCCAAAACGCCUAAGCAUCAUGCUGAGAAUAACAGUGUUCUUUUAUUAAGGUCAAUUUGACUCGAGGUGAUCAAAAUGAUGUCACCUCUGAGUGAACUGACUCAUGUAUUCGUGAUCGCGCAUCCUUACCGUCGUCCAUUUUAUCAAAAUAGAAAAUGUCGAAAAUUGAACAAUUCGUAAGGUUAUUUUUACAUUCUUUUUCAGUUUGUCUACAUAAAGAGGAGAAAUCAAGGAGUAGACAUACAUUAUUACAGUCCAACUAACACACCUGUCAAGCCUUCGAAGAAAAUGUUUUACUGGAAUUCUACUGAAUUGUCAGUUUGUUCCAAAUCGUGUGCUGGUGGUGAGUAAAAAUUGAGUUGAUGCAUGCGUUAUGAGGUAAAAAAUUUCCGAAAACUAAUAUGUUAUGCUAUACGUGUUUCACUACGUAAAUAUCGUUCUUUAAGUGAUUUAAGCUUGAUUGGAAUGGCAAACUUUACUAAGUAGAUAACUACCAGUAUAGCCUAUACCAACUGAAAACGUAUGGUCAAAUCGACAACAUAUUUCAAUCAACUUUCAACCCUCGUAUCCAGAGCCUUUGAGCUCCGUGUGUACAAGAUUGCCGUACGUUUGUUCCAUACCUACAGUACUUUAUGAAAUUUAGCAGCCUGACUGAAUAGCCGCUCUCCCGAACGUUGAAGCCUUCUGAACGUAGCAUUAAUUAAGCUACAUGUACUUAUUCAUAAACAGAAUAACAAAACCCAUUACUUUCUGAAUUCCGCGGAAAUCACAACCUCUACGGCUCUACCUCGUUUCACGGAUUUUCCUGUCGGUCAAAGAUACGACAGUGUGCACUUCUUUGAACUGUUCGCAUUCAAAUACUUGAAAAAUACGAAAGAAGACUUGAGAAACACGAGCGAAGGUCCUUCGUCUGGAAGUUAUACUAACUUCAAGUAGUACUCUAAGUGUCUGUGAGUGACUGCGUCUCAUCGUCUGGAAGGCUACCAACUUUGAGCAUGAAGUUCAUUUUGUAUUUUCGGAUAAUUAGUUGAAUCUUCUGUACAGUGCUUGCAGUUUGAAUCCUUGCUACCUCCACUAUAACCCACCGCGUUUGAGAGUGUGUUCUUCCUUGAGCCAAUAUAUAAUUACGUACGGCAUCUUUCAGUUCUUUCCUUGCAUCAUGGCGACACAAAAACAAGCGACACAGCGCACACCGUAGGAAGAUUCCAUUUCAAGCAAAAGCUAAAAAAGGCUAUCUAACAAUUUUCACUGUUAUACCGACAUUCAGUCGUCUUUGCUCCGAUCUGAUCCGGGGGCAUGCAGUAGCUCGUAAAAUCCUCCAAAUAUACUUUUCAUUCCCUUGUCAUGUCCAUCUUCAUAUUCCUCAGUGAUAUUUAGAAGUUCUUUCAAAUAGCCCUCCCAUCUUUGUCUACUCUCUCGAUUUCCUAUUUUUCAGUUUCAUAACGUUACUAUAUAAUUGGCAUUCCUUCAUCUCUGUAUUUCCUAUAAUUAUCUUUAUCUGCUCUAUGUGGGUCCUCAAAUAAGGAAAUAAAUAUUUACAUAAAAUCUAACUAUAAUUAUUGCAAUCUUUACUCCAAACAGUAUACAGCAUGCAACAAGAUUAUGAAAAAUUAAUAAUUAAUUAGAAAUCCCAAGAAGUUCAAAAAGUUAAUUAAAUGGUCAAUUAAGUCCACACUUAAAACACUAAGAUAACAAGUUAUCCAUAACAUACUGAGACAUAGUUGUUUUAAAAGCUAAUAAGCUACUAGAAUCUUUAACAAAUGACGGAAGAUUAUUCCAUUCAUUAAAAACAUAUAGUGCGAUGUUUGUUGUCCCCAAUUAGUUCUACAAAGGGGGGGGGGGAUCUUAUUAACUGUUUAUUUCUUGUAUCAUGACAGUGUAAAUCACGUCCUUUAGUUUCUUCCAUAUUAAAGUCAACAUUGUUCAAGGCUCAUUUAUAAACAAAACUACAUCAUUCUGUGAAAUUGUCUUCUAUACAACAAAGGAUACCACUUCAAUCAACAUCGAUUGGUAGAUCCAACACAGACUUUGCAGUUUUAUUGUGAAGAACGAGCCCUCCUCAUGUACUCCAAAAUGCUCUGACUGAAAACAAUGCUGUAUAACCUACUCUAAUGACGUCUUUAUAAUUUAUUAGGGAUAUCUACCAGGACUGUUUCGUGUUACCGCCGGGAUGAUCAUACAAGAAUCUCCAAUACAGCCUGUAAUAAGAGAAGAAAGCCACAAUCCGAAAUUUCAUGUAAUAAUCAGGAUUGUCCACCAGAGUAAGUUAGUUAUCAAUGCGAGUUCUGGCGGAAAUUUCAGUUUUUUGUCUGCAAAUUGAAAUUAUGAUAUAUCUCACUAGAGAAUAUUUCCCCUUAUAUAUAUUUGUGAAAGUUCUCUUAAUUUUAUUGAGCUUUCGACUCGGUAAUUCGAGUCUUCAUCAGACUGAAUUAUAUUAAAAUUAAUGAGUUUGAAAUUUCGCGUUGUUGUUUGCGUUCUUGUAUACGCCAGGAGCGUCUGAUUGGUUGUUCGCUUGACGAUGAUCCCAUUUCAUUGGUGGUUAGUAAAACAAUUCUGAUGAAGACUCGAAGUACUGAAUCGAAAGCUCAAUAAAAGUUAUUAUCAAUCCGGAGAACUUUCACAAAUUAUAAUAUGCCUAUAAUUAUAAUUAUAAUAAUCCAAUUUUUUUCGGUUAUGUUCAUGCUUAUAUAUAACAAAAUUAAUCUGUUGAAUCUGUUAAGGUGGUACUCUACUAUUUCAUCAUGUUCCCAAACUUGUGGUAAAGGGGUUCAGUUAAGGAAAACAGUAUGUCGACGACUGACAACGAAGUCCUGGGUUGUUGUAGGAAACAGCAGUUGUGUUGGAUUGCCUUCAACAAAUUUGCCUUAUCAACAAUUUUGUAAUCAAAUAGCUUGUCCACCCGAAUAUGUUCCACUUCCCUGGUCUCAGGUAAAUUAAAUGAAAUGAAUCACCAAUACCUGGGCGUGGCCUUCCAGUGAACUAAAUAUAACGUAAUAUUCGUUUAAUGAGCCUUCCACAUUUGUUUCCGAGCUGUAGUUCUGCAUGGUCUACUCAGGGCCGUUGCGAAGAUUUUAAAGCAGGCAGGUGUAGUAUCGCAUUUGCCGACAACAUUUCGCCGGGGGGAGGAAAAAAAUUCUUUCCGGCCAUUAUCAUUUUCAUUCACUUUAGGGUGUUAACGUACGUUAUUUUCAAAAUGUUUCGUUAAUAUUUUCGUAAAUUUCUCCACAUUUUUUCUAUAAUUGUUACUUUUUAAUCAGUUUAACUCAAAUAUUUUAAUUCCUUUUCUUCUUCUCCAAUUCGUGUUUUGUUGACUACGACAAAUCCGUCAUUUUGGCGAAAAGAUGUUUUCAGGGGGGGGGGGGAGUACAUACCAGCGACGGCCCUGGACUUACUUGAGGAAAACUUUCAUGCCUUGCGCCAUUUCCUCACAAGGUUUCGAGUUAUUCUAUUCCUUUCAGCAAACGACUCCCAUUAUUGUGACUUUACUAUAUCAAGUAUAACUGCAUGCGUAGGGUGUUUAUCUGUAUCUUCGUAUAGUGAUUCUCCCAGCGGAGGUCCUUCUUUUGAAAUUUCAAAAUGUCAGUGUCUUCAACAUUUUAAUUUAUUUACACGCUUUUUUGUUGAGAAGCCACAAGUAUAAAAUUUAAUAUAUUAUACUAGAUACGAGAUUCAACUAUAAUACACGAUUAUUUUACAAUUAUGUUGAAUAUAUUAAUAAGACAAAAAAAGCCAGAUGGUUAUCAUUCGAAUAUUGCAAAGGUAGAAAUAUCUUAAUAACAAAUUGUGGAAACCAAAAUCUUCAGAAAAAGUUACUUAACGUUUACUGUUAUACCUGACUAGAGUUAUUUCAUUUAAGACGAUAAAAGUUUCGCUUCAUAGGCACUGCACAUUAUGAAUAUUGUUCCUUGUGCUACAUAACAUCGUAUUACAAGCUCCUUAGCUUAAUCUGUCAAAUUUAUUUUCAGUGUUCGACAACAUGCGACUUGGGUUUAAUGACGAGAAAAUUGAAAUGUGAGAUGUUAAAUGAUGAUGGAAUAAGUGUCAUUCUACCAAAUUCAACUUGUGAACAUCAUCAUGCUGUCAAACCUGCGACCACAGAGCAGUGUAACUAUGACCAGCCAUGCCAUCGUAAGUAAUUUCUUUUGUUCCACUCUUUUGUAAUCCACUCAUCCGUCUCACCUCUCUCCUGCUGGCUUGUGUUUAUAUUUGUGCAUGUUUCGCAGGAAGGCUUAAUAACGAAACACAGUAUUAAGAAACGUAAAACGAUAGCCCAUUAAUAAAUAGAUAGUAAUUGCAAAACACACGUAUUUCUUAGUAAUGAAGGAGGAAGGCAAUGAUCAACGGUGUGGUCAAGCAGGCUUACGUUUUCCAUUAUAUAUAGUAUAAUAUUCCGAUUUGACUACUUACACACAUGUAACCGUUACAUUUUUGAGUAACUGCAACGGUAACAAGUUACCUUGGGCGGCGCUAGCUAAAGGAAGGGUGGGGGAGGGGGGUGGGGAGUGUGGAACAACCUGAUGUAAAUGUCCUUCUAACACAUCAUUAGAUAUUCAUAGCAUUUCGGCCAAUAACAUGGUGUAAUUUACAUCACGUGUAUCUAUCUGUAUACCCGUCUAGACCAAGACUUUAAUUACUUCAAGUGGGAAGGGCUUUGAACAAUAGGGAAAUUGAGAGGUAAACAAAAGAUUAUGCAAAUAUAUUUAAUUGCUAUGUUUAGAAUUAUUUCUAAAUACAGUAAGCUGUAUUUAGAAAUUUUUUCUAACUACACUUUACAUCUAACACUUUUUCUGAACGUUUGAAAACUACAUAAAUAUACGAAAAGGAAAAUUACGAUUGUUUACCAACUAUCAUAAUAAACAGUACAGCAAUAAUACAGCAACUUACCAGUAAUGUUUACCGUCUAAUAUAUUCAACAAUUUUCCACCAAAUAGCGCCUUAUCACACACACUAUCUGAUGUCGUUUUUCGGGGGUACGGAUUUCCAUCCUUAUAAUUGUCAGCGAGUGGCUUUCUUUACAUUUUCAAAACUGUGCUCAACACUUUCCGGUUCUCGAAACCGCUUUUUCUUAUAAGAAGAUGCCAUACUCUUUUGCCAACAAAAUUCAUCAUUCUAUUCACGCAGUGGCGUGCUGGGUACUAUGUUUCUGGGGGGAGGGGCAGUGGGCUAUCAACUAAUAUGCGCCCCUGGCUAAUAAUUGAAUAGCUAAUAAUUUCAUGCCUCAUUGCUAUGAUAUCUAAUGAUGUGUGAGAAGCAAUUUCAAAUCCUCGUUAGUGUUUUAAACUUGGCUUCCAAAUCCCCAGUGCCAUGAACAAUGGCUCGGCUGCGCCUCGCCAUUGUUCAUGUCGCUUGUAUUUGGAAACCACGUCUAAAACACUAACUUGGAUUUGAAAUAUUACAUAAAGAUCAGCUGCUCAUAUUUUCAUAAUUAUAGUACGUAACAUUUUGCCUGUGCUAGGACCAGUGCUUGGUUCUUCGCAAGGAUACAUUCUCUUUUUCCGUGAGACCAUGACCCGGAUCACAAAGAAAUGCACUUUUGUUUCUAAAUUAGAUAUAAGAGAAAAAUAAUUAUUUUCAUUGCUUACGGACAUGCACUCUUCACAGCGAAGCUGGAUUAACUGAUCAGAUCACUAGCAGUAAGUCAAAGCUGCUAGUGUUCGCCAAAACUUGGUCAAACCAUGAGGUCCAUGACGUUAAUGACUUCGCGACGUCGCUGUGUAUUCUAUUUACUCCUCAUUAUUCCGAGUUUAAUAUUCUGCACUAUUCCUCAAGUAUUCCCCGAAUCAAUAACCUUUUUCUAUAUUACAUAUUUUCACUCCAAUCUUUUGUCAGAUAUUGCACAGUAUGAGAAAGUUGGUUGUUUCCGAGACAGAGGUGGUAAGAGACGCGUAUUUCGCAUGCUCAAAAAUCUUCGCGGUCAAAUAGACUGGUGGCAUCCGUCGUAUACUGUUGGAAACUGUUCCAUUCACGCACAGGAGAGAAAAGCUAUGUAUUUCGCAAUUCAAUUCUACGGAGAGUGCUGGGCAACAACAGAUCCAGGUGUACGCUAUGAUAAGUAUGGUCGGUCUACGAAUUGUUGGUAUGGGCUUGGUGAACACUGGACAAAUUAUGUCUACAAACUUCUGGUCAAAACUUCUGCAUAAUAUAAUUUAUGUACUUUGCUUUAUCGUGUGGUGUGCAUUAAUAUUUAGCCCAGGGAAUCUUACCUGGAUUCUCCGAGGCAUUAUAACAUAAUUAUAUAUCUUAUAAGUUAUAUAGAUAUUGUUAUACAAUAUACAGUGUGUAUGAUUCAUUGCUACAGAAAAAUUC